CAAUAGCGUCAACAUGUUACAGUUCUUAUUUUUAUGUGUUAUUUUAUCUGUGGGCCAGCAUCAUGUGGCUGCAGUCCUUGAUCCUGGCUACGAGUUCGUGCAAGAAGCGGAUGCAUGGCUGCGUCUGCACAUGGUGCCCGCUGUAUGGUCGGAUGCUCGACUUCGCUGUCAACUCGAAGGUGGUGUCCUCGCCUCUCCCUCGACCGAUGCUAUAACUCGAGCCAUGUUAACUCAAAUGAUACGUCAUAAGGUGACGUCACGGAAUGUGUUUACAGGGAUACACGCUCUCAACUUUGAUCUUGACUUUACUUCGCUGGAUGGAGUGCCUUUAUCAAAGAUCAAUCUCGACUGGGCUCCGAAUGAACCUGAUGAUGAUAAUGAAGAGGAGCAGAAAUGUGUAGUCCUCAACGGAGCCGGUCAAGUGGCUGAUGUCAGCUGUAACGACAAACAUCCAUACUUCUGCAAAAAAGAAAGUAGCGUUAUGAAUACCACCUCUGAUUGCCCUACCACUGAUAUAGGACAACAUAAUUACUGA